CCGUGACCUAUCCCGACUUAACUCGAGCGUGACGAAACGUCACAGUAUGUAUCAAUCACGCACGAACAGGCACGAACUUUCGCUAAAAUUUUUGAAGACCACACUGUAAGGUCAUUUGCACACCUUGUAAUGGCAUUUGGAGCAUCAGGAAAUCGUGGUGGAGGUGGCCGGGGCGGUGGUCGUGGUCGUGGUCGUGGAGGCCCCGGUGGUGGAGCCAGAGGUGGUGCGAAGGUUAUUCUCGAGCCUCAUAGACAUCCAGGUGUCUUCAUCGCCAAAGGGAAAGACCAUCUACUUGUCACGAAGAACCUUGUCCCAGGAGAAAGUGUUUAUGGUGAGAAGCGGAUAUCCAUUGAAGGUGGUGUCGAUGAUACAAAGGUCGAGUAUCGCGUAUGGAAUCCUUUCCGGAGUAAGUUGGCAGCAGGUGUAUUGGGCGGUAUGGAUAAGAUUUUCAUUGAACCUGGAAAGAAGGUUCUGUACCUCGGUGCUGCUAGCGGCACGAGUGUAAGUCACGUAGCAGAUAUUGUUGGGCCCGAAGGUGUUGUUUAUGCUGUCGAAUUUUCGCCACGAUCGGGGCGCGAUUUGAUCAACAUGGCCAAAAAGCGAACAAACGUCAUUCCUAUCGUGGAGGACGCUCGCCUUCCUAACAGGUACCGCAUGCUGGUGUCAACUGUAGACGUUAUAUUCGCAGACGUUGCACAACCUGAUCAAGCACGUAUUGUUAUCCAUAAUGCGCAAUUCUUCCUCAAAGAUGGUGGCCAUGUGGUCAUCUCCAUCAAAGCUAGCUGUAUAGAUUCAACAGCAGCACCCUCCGCCGUUUUUGUGCAGGAAGUACAAAAACUACGAGAAAACAAGUUCAAGCCUAUUGAACAAAUUACGCUCGAGCCGUACGAGCGUGACCACGCUAUGGUUGCCGGUUAGUAGUUUCCUCAUCUUUUUGGUUGCUAUUUAUGCCUGACAUUGCUUGAUCACAUAGCUCAAUACCAACGACACGUAUAAAAUGUACAUGCACUUGCUGGCUAUCUUGUUCAGUAGCUGGUAUCAUCGUUUUUCGUAAAAAGUAUUUGUGCUCAUACCAUCGAUACGAAUUUGUGUUUUUAUCUAAUUAUUGGAAACUUCUGUAUCUGAUCUGAACUACAAGCCUUUGUGGAUGUGAAUCCGCGCCGUGUCACAUCAAUAGGCAAUGCUCCAAUUCAUAUAUAAUG